CACGUUGUAAAAAAAAAAAAAAAAAAAACUAAUUUCAGGAAUCGUCUUUCCUUUUUAGUUGCUUUACUUUGAAAGUUAUAUUUCAGUACUAAGAACUUUAAGAUUGUUGUUGUGAGUUGUUCAUACACAACACAACAGAAAAUUGCCUUUUUAUGCCUGUGUUCAAGGGAAUUUUCCCAUGUCGACACAGGCAAACGCUGUCGCUGAGAGUGCUUUCCUUCUACGGUGAAGUGCAUCUGUGACGUUUCUAGAACAUGUACUCCUUUAAGGAAUUAUACAAAAAUUAAAAUAAAAAGAGUUCACUAAAAUUCUUUAAUGAACAGUGUUUUAUGUUUAAGGUUUACAGAGGUGUUGUAAAGACGUCAGACACCGAGGGCGCCACCGUGUCGACUGUUGGCGUCACCGCUGAUCGGCGCUGUCCACUGUCCGUGGUGCUGAAGCGCAGACAAAAGAACACUGCAGCCCUGCAGGCGCUAAAUCCUAAUUAUACGGUCAAAUAGGCCUAUUAAAUCAACCGCAUACACAUGACCCACACUUGUGACAAAUCAACCAGGUGACAGACGCCAAAUUGGAAAAUCAAUUUGUACACGAAGUCCACAAAGUUUUUUUUUUUUUUUUUUGUCUUUUUUCAGGCAAACGACAUUCUGUUCUGGUAAUACGAUCGUGAUGUCCACGGGUUUUGCUUCAGGCGGUUUCACAUCACGGCUGUGAUGGAGCUACGAGGCGGACAUGGGACGGACACAGAAAGCAAUCGAUCCUGCGUUAAAAUCAUCUUAUUUAUAUUUACAUGACAGUGCAAUCGGUCUUUAACCGUAGAUGUAGUCGUUUACGGGGUGUUGUUUGUGGAGUAUUAUGUACAUAGAACAUGGAGAAGCAUAUCGACACGCAGGACGACUGCGGCUCUGCUCCACCUGACAGGACACUGUCAUUUCCGGACGACGUUUACGAGUGCAAAAUAUGCUACAAUUCCUUCGACCUAGAUCAACACAUUCCCAAAGAGCUGGUCUGCUCGCACACCUUCUGUCAGCAGUGUCUCACAACUCUUCACUCUCGGGAAGGUCAUGGCUGGAGAAUCGGUUGCCCUGUGUGUCGCCACCGAACUCCGGUUCCGGGAUAUCGGGUUCAAAACCUUCCAGACAACACCACACUCACUGAGACUCUCCCGCUGGAAAAGCAGGACUGCGUGGACUCGGAACCCACGCAGGAUGGUCAGGCAGGUGCAGGCGACUCUGUGUGCAGGUCAGAAGUGGACAUAGACCACAGGUGCUGUCCUCAGACCUGCAAACGAGUUGCAUUCACGACGGGGUGCGUGUGCGCCGUCCUCUCCGCCCUGUGCACGCUGGCGCUGUUGUUAGUGGGCCUCAUCCUGGUCCAGAACCACAACGACACCAGCUCGCCAUUGGGUGCUGUCUGUUUAAGUCUUUGCAGCGCUUUUGCCUUGUUUUCGCUCAUUCUGACAUGGGCAAACGACAUUCUGUUCUGGUAA